ACAAUAAUAAUGAUUUUUUCUUAUUUGUAUGGGGGAGAACCCUUCGUAUUUUGGCGGGAGAGCAGACUGGAAAAGCGAGGAGGAUUAUUUCUGGCGUGGCAAUGAUGGGAAAGAGUAAGGGAGCAGGGGUCGAGAAUGAUGGACUGGAGAUUACUGCAAUCGGCUCCGUGUACAAAGGUCCAUGGGAAAAGAAAUACUGGAGUUGUUCCAGGGGAAGGUAUCGACACCCCUAUCCCAUUGGAUAUCAGGCAAUUCGUAAUCAUUCUGGACAAAUGUAUAAAAUGGAAAUACAGGAGGGUGACAAGGGACCAGUAUUUGUGGUUAUUUCUGAGGAAGGGAUUCCUUGUGUUGGGGACACUCCAACUAUUGCCUGGGAAAAAGUCCAAACGCGAAAGACUUUACGAUUCCAAAAGCGGCAUAGAAGUCAAUUCUCAAGAGUUGAUGGUGCUGAGCUUUUUGGAUUUACAAAUCCAUUGGUUCAACGAUUGUUUCGUGAACUUCUGGCAAAUGGAAAUGAGACUUCUAAGCAGAGUGACACAGAUAUUCACCAGCAUGAGGAAACUCCGGGCUCAGGUUUUGGGCAACUUCCACUUGUGACAACAGAAGGAUCAAUGAGAGAAAAAUGCCUGAAGCUUGUCAAAGGGAAGUCUGUUGGGACUUCAUGCCUAGAAUCUCCCAAGAGUAAUAAGGAUAGUGGUAGUCCUGCUGCAUCAAUUCAGAAUGGUGGUGUAAUAGAUCAGUCUCACCAAUACUUUGAAGUUACAGGAAAAAUUAGGUUGUGUGUUGCAGAAACAAAGGACAUCCUGGAAGACACAAAACCAUUAAAUCUAUCACAGAUGUUGAAAGAUACAAAAGUGAAUUUUAAUGGUAUUAUGAAUAACAAAGAAGACACUGCAUAUGGGCCUAUGCUUUCAGAUUUGCCUGGCUAUCUGAGAGAAAUGGGAAGUUCACACUAUGAACAUGAGGAUACAUUAGAGACAUGCAUAAAAAAUCUAGAAGUCAAUGGGGUGAAUCAAAAAUUCGGUGUUGAUCUUGGGAAGGGCACUCUUGAAGGUUUUGAAUUAGAGACAGGUUGCACAAAUCCAUUCACAGUAAAAGAUGAACUGCUAGCUGAUUCCAUGACCGCUGCUUCUGUACAGGUGGCUAAAGAUGUAUUAGAAGAGAUAAAGGACAAUGGGAUGCUGAAGGAUAGCAAAUCUAAUAAAAUAACUUGUUUAACAAUUGUGACUCCUCCAGAGGCUAAUUCUGAAACUCCUCCAAUAGAGCCAGUGAUUUCCAAGGAGUGCAAUUUUAGUCUCUCACAAAAGGUUACACAAUAUAGUGCUACUCAAUCAUCAGACGGAAAUAUUGACAAGGGAGAUUCAGAUUCCAUGGGUCAGGAGUUAGCUAAGUCAAUGAUGAUAGUGCUUCUACCACAAGCAUUGCCUUUGAUUAAACAAGCUGACAAGAAGAGAAAAAAGAUUAAAUUAAGUGAAGGUGGAGAUGUUUCUUCUCUUGCUAAACAUGAUCGUCUUGAAUCGGUAGAUGAACUGCAUACAGAAAGAAAGGAUGCUCAAAAUUUAUCAAGUGAAAUGCAUGUAGUUUCUAAUCUUCAAAUCUGUGAAGAUACACACAUAGACAGUGGAUUAUCUUUUGGGAUAGCUGUUACCAAUUGUGGACUUGGUAUGGAAUCUCAAACCUUAUGUAUAAAGGCUUCAAACGAAGAAUUCUCUUAUUGUGACACAUCUAUACCGGGAGCAGGUGAAAAGACAAUGCUGUCUGAUGCAGUGUCCUCUUAUGCAGAUUCAGAAUUUGAAAAUAUUGUAUGUGUUAGUAAAAUGGAUCAUACUGGGGGAGGACCAUCAUUAACAAACUUCUGCCAUGAUAAAGAAAUGCCCUUUAUUCAAGCCAUUAAUGUACUGCAAGUGUCCAAGGCAGGUUGCACUAACCUGGUAGAGGCUGGCAUUGAACAAAAGUUACACAAAUCAAAAUUAUGUGAGAGUACAGAUAAGGAUUGUGCAGUCAUAGAAGAUGUUGUUCCAGACAGUUUUGAGGAUGAAGAGUAUUUGCGUGACAACUUAAACAGAAAUUCAUAUGUUGGUGAACUACAAACUUCAUUUAAAAGUCAUAAUCUACCUGCUGUAAAUACGGAGGCAGAUCCAGAAGCAUUGGGCAAGCCUUCUGUGAUAUUGGAAGAAGUCAGUGAUGUUCAGAAAUUUGGCUGCAGUACUGAUAAUAUGGAUGUCAAUCUGAGAAGAAAGAAUAGUUUAUGCUGUUCAAGAGAAUCUGAUGUUAAAGAAGAUAUUAUAAUGCCAAAAUCUGUAGAUUAUAAGGCAAUUCGAGGAAUAUGUAUAAAUGAUGGUUACACGAACAGUCUUAGCACUCAAGUUACAGCAUUCAAUGAAUUCAAUCCUGAUAAGAGUGUAAAACGUGAAUCUAUUGCUGUUCUCGAUCACUCUACUGUGGCACUGAUUCUAGAUCAGAGACAUGGUGAAGGAGAUCAUUUCGUCAAUCAGAUUGACCAAAUGGCAAAAUAUGAAUGCAAUGAACACGACCUUCGUAUCCUUGAUUACAAGGAAAAUAUUCAUGAUGAGAAGUCUCACUGUGUAGAUUGUGAAUGUAAAGCAGGGCAGUUCUGUGGCCUACAAGAACAGGAUAGCAUGCCACUUUGGGAAUCAGGUAUAUGCAACCCUGAAAAAAAUUCACAUGAUGCUUAUUCAGCUAAGCGGCAGCAGGCUAGGGAUUCAUCUCAUGAUUUACAAGUCAUUUCUGCCCAAGUUAAUAUAUCUGUACCUUGUUGCCGAACUACUAAUAAUGGUUUGGUUCAGGGUAGAGCUUUUGAUCAUAGUUCUUUUGAUAAAAAAUCAACUGCAGAAGAGAAUUUGCAUAUUAAGUCUAGUGGGCAGUUUACAGAUAAAGAAUGUUCUUAUAAGGUAUUAACUUCUUGGGCUGAUUGUAUCUAUGUUUCUCAGUCGUUAUUUAAAGAAAAGCCUGAUUUCAGACUCCCUGAGGAAACUCCAGGCAUCUCUAUAGGAACUUCUCAUUGUAAGCAGACCCAGAUUUCUGACACAUUUUCUGAUACACAUGUGAUAUUUCCUCCAGUUAGCAACUUAGAGAUGUAUGCACAUAUGACCAUGGAUGUAGCCAAUCAUCAAGGAGUUGAUUGUUUUGGGCAUGUAAUUACAGGCAAAACAAAUUCAAUCUGUUAUAAAGAUUUUAAAUCUGCAUCCUGUUGUCAAAGUAUAUGGGUAGACAGCUUGAGCACAGAGUUAAAAGGCUUUUGCUCAGUCUCCACUUUUUCAGAUAUGCCACCUUCCAUUGUAGAACCUCAAACUGUUUUGAACAGUAAUUAUUCUGAAGAUGUCUGCCAUAGUCAGGAUAUUCAAAUGAAUGCUCAACAACAAGCUUAUGAAAAUAAACAGGAUAUUUCAUCUACUGAGCUUGUAGGUUGCUAUGAACAUUCUAUCCCAGUAAUUUCAAUGUUGCUGAGUGUUCAUGGAGUAGACAUACGUCUUUGUGUUGUAUGCGGUGUUGCACAAGAAAGGCAAAGGAGUAUCUUCAUCUACAAGGUGGUGGUUGGAGAUGCCUCAGGCAAUUGCUCUUGGCUUAUUGGCUAUGCAGUAGCUAUGCUUCCAGAUGUGGAAUAUUACUUGGAUACAAAGUCUACAGUUGACAGGUAUGGAAUACAGCUCACGCCGGGUGGAGAGAACUUAAUUCUUCUGGAGAGCAUCGAAGUUCAAAAUAUGAGGGAACCAAAAAUAAAUUGUCUACGGUCACAAUGUCUCUCACAAGGCCAAUGUAAAGGGCAUGGGGUUAAAUUGGUCUCAGUGAAAGAUGCUCAUGUUUCCGUAUUAACAGUGUUAUCUUCCACGGAGAGCAUGUACUGUGUAUUAGUUUCUGCAUCACAGUCUAUCAUUGCAGCUGGAGAAAAUGGAAUUAUACAUGUAUGGAAUAUGGACACGAGUUGGAGCAAGUGUUUGGAGGAAUUUGUUCUUACAAGUUCUGACCAUACAAGUUCAAUAUGGGAAUUAUUGGCUGUCCCUCAUCUUUCACAUCUUAUAAUUGGCCAUGAUUGCAGCGGCUGCUAUGUUAUUUGGGAUAUAUCACGGUGUGUUAUGCUUUCAAACUUCUGGAGUGUGGAUUACAAUAUUUUUCAAUCUAUUGCUUUGGGUUGCGUGACACAAAAUAGUCAUGACAAUAUGAGUUGGAGUUUUACAGAUUGUGAACUUCUAGAUAAGGCUAAGAAUCACAAGGACUUGAAAGACAACAUGAUGUCAAGGGAAGAGGCAGAAUCAAGAAUGGGAGGGAACAAGUUUCCUUUUUCCCAUGCAUAUUUUUGUGAAGAAAAUACAGCAGUUUGUCUUCUGGUACUUGCUGCACCAAAUAAAGAUGAAAUUCAAACAAAUCAAGAUCAAUAUUAUUAUGGAUUAAAGCAAAGAGGAUUGUGGAGGUUUGCAUUGCUGGAAAACAAUGUUUUGCUGGUGGGGAGUAUUUUGGAUGAAAGGGCUUCUGCUGUAUCUAUGUUAUCCCAGAGUGGAGUUAUAGGAACAUCUGAAGGUUAUAUAUACAUUUGGGACGCAAUGACUGGAAGAAAGAUCUUUACUUCAAGAGAUUUCGAAGGUGUGCAUAUCUCGUGCAUCUCUCAGAAUCAGAUGCCAGGUGCAUUUGCAGUUGCAGGGAGUAAUAAUCGGGUACUCCUUUAUGCACAAGUGUUAGGGUCAUCAAAUAGCUAUAUAUUGGGAAACAAGUGAAUUCAAGGAUAUUGUACAGCAUGGCAUUUGGGUAUCUCAUCAAUUGGUCCUUUUUUUUUUUGUAAACAUUGAACAUAUUAUAAAAGUCCGUUCUGUAUGUGAUUUUUUGUGAAAAAGGACAGAUGCUCCAAUAUUCUUUAUGCAAAGUUUGAUUUUUCAUAUUCAAUAGUUUUCAAAUCUGUACUUGCAUUGGCUUGAGAUAUGAACACAGCUGAACCUUGAAGUUGAUUCU